GGCGCCUGGAGCCGUCGCAGCGCGCGAUGGGCUGCCGAGCCCGAGGUGCGGCAACACCUGGACUUCCACGCAGGGGACGCGAGCACCUUUUGGAUGUCCUGGGACGAGUUUCUGCAAACCUGGCGGACUGUUGCCGUGGUGGAAAGACCAAUGCAGAUUCGAGCUUUGCACUUCGAGGUCAUCGGCGACUCCUUCUGUGACCCAGCCGCCGCAUGCCUGCUUGGAUGCGCGUCAUUUUGGGCUGGCGAGGGCUGUCAAAGACUUUACAGCCCCGACGCACGUGGCGUACACGGCGAGACCUACUCACUUCAGGCCACGCCUUCUCUCACGUUGAUCGGCAAGGACGUCGACAAGGAAUGA